AUGUCAGAAGCCAGCAGGAAUUCCGACGAGGAGCUCCUUGAUGGGGAGAUCGAUGAAGAUGCCAUCUUGGCCAACCUGUCCCCUGAAGAGCUGAAAGAACUGCAGUCGGAAAUGGAGGUCAUGGCCCCGGACCCCCACCUGCCCGCGGGAGUGAUUCAGAAAGACCAGACGGACAAGCCCCCGACGGGAAGCUUCGACCAUAAAUCACUUGUUGAUUACAUGUAUUGGCAGAAGGCAUCCAGGCGCAUGCUGGAAGAGGAGCGCGUUCCUGUCACCUUCGUGCAGUCAGAGGAAAACACUCAAGAACCACAUGAAGAAAUAAGCAAAAAUAAUAAAAAUCUGUCCCAAAUUUUAAAGGAAAAGCUCAAUAGUGAAAUAGUAGCAAAUAAGAGAGACUCAAAAGGCAGUAGUAACGUCCAGGAGACAGAUAAUGAUGAUGAGGAAGAGGAAGAUGAUGCAGGUGAUGACAGCAAUGAAGGAGAUGGUGGUGCAGAGAGUGAUGAAAAUACACAAAGAGAAGAUGAAAGCAAAGUAAAGGCGCCAAGCGAAAAUUGUCAACCAGUAGCCUCUACCACAUCGGAAGAUCAGAGGAACGGACCGGAGCCCCAGGAGAAGAGUGAGAAAAAAAUAUCCAAACUGGACCCUAAGAAGCUAACUCUAGACACCAGCUUUUUGAAGGUAAGCGCAAGACCUUCAGGAAACCAGACAGACCUGGAUGGGAGCUUGCGGCGAGUUAGGCAAAACGAUCCUGACAUGAAGGAGCUCAACCUGAACAACAUUGAGAACAUCCCCAAAGAAAUGUUACUGGACUUUGUCAAUGCAAUGAAGAAAAACAAGCACAUCAAAACCUUCAGUUUAGCCAACGUGGGAGCAGACGAGAACGUAGCGUUUGCCUUGGCUAACAUGUUGCGGGAAAACAGGAGCAUCACCACUCUGAACAUCGAGUCCAACUUCAUCACAGGGAAGGGCAUCGUGGCCAUCAUGAGGUGUCUCCAGUUUAAUGAGACGCUGACCGAGCUUCGGUUUCACAAUCAGAGGCACAUGCUGGGCCACCACGCAGAGAUGGAGAUAUCCAGGCUUUUGAAGGCCAACAACACUCUCCUGAAGAUGGGCUACCAUUUUGAGCUCCCAGGUCCCAGGAUGGUGGUCACGAAUCUGCUCACCAGGAAUCAGGAUAAGCAAAGGCAAAAGAGACAAGAAGAGCAAAAACAGCAGCAGCUCAAGGAGCAGAGGAAGUUGAUCGCCAUGUUGGAGAAUGGGUUGGGGCUGCCCCCUGGGAUGUGGGAGAUGUUGGGAGGACCAAUGCCAGACCCCAGAAUGCAGGAGUUCCUCCAGCCUCCUUCUCAGCCUCCCAACGCCCAAGCAGUCCCAUUCAGCCGGAGGAAUGAAACCAUGAAAAAGCCAUCACCGCCUCCACAGUACAAGACAGACCCUGACUCCUUCCGGGUGGUCAAGCUAAAGAGAAUCCAGCGCAAGUCUCGGAUGCCAGAAGCCCGAGAAGCUCCUGAGAAAACCAACCUCAAAGAUGUGAUCAAAACACUCAAACCAGUGCCACGAAACAGGCCUCCCCCGCUCGUGGAAAUCACUCCCAGAGAUCAGCUCUUGAACGACAUUCGCCACAGCAACAUCGCCUAUCUUAAACCUGUGCAGCUACCUAAGGAACUGGCAUAA